AGUUGAGUGUUCUCACCGUAGUACACACAUAUAUAUAUACCUUUUUCAAUGCCAUGCGGCAUGCACGUGUACCUUGCUAUGUGCUGUCGUGCGGGUGGCGCCAGGGGAUGAGAGCUCUUUCAACAACGACGCGGCUGCUAAGGGAUGCUGAUCCUCUCAGUGUCCUUUUUGAGGAGGUGGAAAACUGUGAUACAUCUGUUCACUCACAAGGCAGCAGCACAUCUGCAAAGCUUGAGGAGUCAGACGCGUCGCGUACUGUGCAAUCUUCGCCUCCGCCGUCGUCUGAUGCGCGAGUACGGCUGGAGGAAGCGAAGCAGAAGCGCUUGAAGCGUCAGUUGAAGGAUGUUGGCGACGAGCUCAAUGCGCUGCUUAAUGAAAAAGGUCGCGUUGCCGCACAAGUCGCGAACAAGGCGUAUGUCCCGGCACGAGCAGCGAAGACGUUUCUUUCGUCAGCUGAACUGAUUCAAGAAAAGGCCCCUCAAGAGUUUGUUGCAGACGAGCAGAGCGCGGAGGAGCUUGUGAAGGUGCCGUUGUUGCAACAUUCAGGCUGCUCGGCGGUCAUCACGAUGGUGGGAGUGGUUGCCAAAGCACCGCAACAGGUCAGUGUCACGUUUCCUGGUGGAUACGCUGAGAGCGGCUGCGUUGAAUUCACGGUGCGGUACGAAAUUCCUUUUGUGCAAGCUAGCACCUCCAUGCUGGUGACUGUGCGAGCCGUCGGCGCGACACUCUCGACGUUUGUCCAGGAAAACGUGAGCGUUGGCGACGUCGUGCACGUUCUAGGCCAUUUAGCGCCUUUCAACACACCCGGAAAAGAUGGCAGUCUGUGCGCCAUUUACGUACUUCCCGCUGGAGGAAACGUGACUGUUGUCCUUUCCAAAGCCGCGACUUAA